GUAAUAUUUAAAACAGUUUGAAUAAAUAAAUCUUGAUAAGUGUAAAUAUCUUGAUAUUUACACUUCGAUAUUUGUAACGAAGCACUCAAACAGAAUUUGUUUAUUUUUAAAAGUUAAAAUAUACAGAAGAUAUGUAUUUAAACAGGGUACAAGAGAAAAAAACGUAAACAUUCCGUAUCGAUCAAAUUCAAUAGCUCAGAGCUCUUCGAGUCCAUCAACAUGCAGCAUUACGUGACUAUCCGAUUUUGCAAUUUGGAUCGCAAAAUUGAAUAUUGACACGAGAUUUUGUAUAUUCAACAUCAAAACAUCUAUCACAUAUAUGCAGAGUUGGAAAUAAGACAAGUUACCUACCGGAAAAAGGAUCAAGAAAUAAAAGCUACGAGAUACAUCUACUUGUCACUGGUGACGUUAUUUUCCCAAAGGAAAAUUGUACUGAAACAUCACCGUCUACCAUGGGUGCGGUCUUGACGAGAAAUAGAGAGAGCAAAAAAUAUUCCAAACUUCUACGUACUAUCGUUAUGAUUCGAAGCCGAAACAUCUGCUACAAAUGUCACAUUCAUUUUAAUACGAAGGUAGAUAUGGACGAGCAUAUGCAAAGGACCCAUGCAGAGACAACCUAUGUGUGUAAUUAUUGCGGUUUAAUUUACGUGACUUGGUCGAAAUUCGAGGAACAUAUUUAUGUAUUUCACAAUGACAUGGCAUUUUGUUCUUAUUGCUAUAGAGCGUUUAGUGACUAUUCGAGUUUGCUUCUACAUUGGAAAACACACGAACCAAUCGAGUGCGGGAUAUGCGACGAUACGUUUGUUACACUACCAGAUUUGAAGAAUCAUCAUGCUACAUUGCAUGGAAACGUACCAUUCGGACGAAAACUAUCAUUUUUUCGACGUUGAACAGGAUAAAAAAACAAAAUUAAAAGGCACAAAUACACCGGAAGAGCUUUUAUACCUACUUCUCCUUCUGUCGAUUACAUUCAGAAAUGUAUUCGUAAACUUAUCAGAAAUUGCCUCUUAUAAAAAAUAUAUUAAUUUAGAUUACAUAUAUUUUAUAGAUAUUAAACUGUCCUGACUUGUAAUGACGUAGAUACUUUAAAAUAUGAUAUAUUUCAUUAUUUUUUACUAUUAUUACAUCGUAAUACUUAAUGUUAUUUGAAGAAAAACGUAUAUUUAUAUAUACUUGAGAGUAAAUAAAUUUUUU